UGGUAAAUAAAUGGCAAACAUUUCAUUGUUUUCUCAAACAUUUGAUAAACCAUUUGAAGAUAACUGAAGACAAUAUAACACAAUGACUGACAUCAAGAAGUUGAGGCACCGGUGCUUCUUCGACAUCACCAUUGGUGGCAAAGAGAUCGGACGGAUCGUCUUCGAGCUCUUCAACGAUAUUUGUCCGAAGACUUGCGAUAACUUCCGCUCGCUUUGCACCGGGGAGAAAGGAUUGGGAAAAACGACGGCAAAGCCAUUGCAUUACAAGAAUGUGUCGUUUCAUAGAGUGGUGAAGAACUUCAUCAUACAGUCGGGCGACUUCUCUAUGGGCAAUGGCAGAGGAGGCGAAUCCAUAUUCGGCGGCACUUUUAAUGACGAAAAUUUUGACGUAAAACACGACAAACCGUUCCUCUUGUCGAUGGCUAACAGAGGAAAGAACACAAACGGAUCCCAAUUCUUCAUAACACUUAAUACAUGCAAACAUUUGGACGGUGUUCACGUCGUGUUCGGACACGUGUUGUCGGGACAGGAGAUCAUAAACGAGAUUCAGAAUCAGUCGACAACAGAUGACGGCAGACCACUCGCCGAAGUAGUGAUUGUUAAUUGCGGUGAACUCAUCCCUCAGAUUAAGCCAAAGGAGAAAAAGAAGAAACACAGGAAAGAAAAGUCCAAGAAAUCAGACGGAGAGCUAUCCAGCGAUGAAGAGAAGGAUAACAAACGCAAAAAGAAAAAAGAAAGUAAACACAAAAAACACAAGAAGAAUAAAGAGGAGACUAAAGACAAUGAUGACAACAAAAACAUUGACUUAUUAGCCGUUGAAUGUUCUGUAAAACCCGAAGAGAUUCCGGAAAUUCCAGAAAAUAAAUUCUUAGCCCGAGAUUCUGUGUUCGAAGAAUCGCGCAAUGAUUUGCCCGCAAAAGAAAGAAUCACUCCAUCCGGACGUCUAUUCAAAGGGCGCGGCAAUAAACAUUACAGAACUCCGUCGCCAACCGAUAACCGUAGAGCGCGUAGCAAAACCCCUGAGCAUUGGAGAAGAGCGCAGUCCAAACUCGUGUCGCUUAAAGAAAUCAUUGCUCGCAAUGAACGUGUUCAAAAUCGUGGUUCAGAUAGGAAUCGGUUUGAAAGGGAGAAUCCUUUUCGCCAGAGACAAUUCAAUCGUAACCGAGAUUAUGAUAAUCGACACGACUAUGAAAGAGAAGAUUCAGAGAAUGAGAACUCAUUUUAUCGCAACUCUACGGAUAGGAAGAGAGUCUUUACUGAAGAGCCACCCAUUCAUCGCCGGAGACGAAGUCCUUCUCCGAGAGAACACCGAAAUCGAAAUAACGACGAGUUUUAUGCCGAAAGCGAUUCCGGCUCUGAAAAGCAUACCGAAAAUGGCAGACAUUUGAUUAAAUCUACGGUUAAAGUGAAUGAAGACAUCCAUCGAAAUCAAAGAGAAAGACGGGAUUCAGAAGAAGGUCACGAUAGGAGUCGACGAAAUAAAAGUCCCGUUGAUUUGAAAGACAUACCGCUUCCCAACGCAGACAACACAGACAUCGAUAAGAGGAAUAAUGAAAGACACGAACGAAUGCAUGACUCGGAGCCCAGAAGUGAUUUAAAACGAAAGAGAAGUGAUUCGAGAGAACGAAUAGAUUCGCACAAAAAUGCGUCAAUUCUUCACAGAAGACAUUCAACUGAUUCCGAUUGAAUUGGUUUUAAUGAGAAACGCAUUCAUUAAUUAUAAUUAAGAUUAUAUUUCUCGCAUCAAAUUGAAUGGAAGUUUUUCUGACACAAAACAUUGUUUACAAAUUGUCUAAUUUAUAAAAA